CUUGAAGAAGAAAAAGGCAAAGGUUUGUGAAGACAGAAGAAGAUAAGCCGUUAAGGGACAGUUGGAAGCAGAAGAAGCAGCAAACAGCAAUGUAUGCAGCAGCAACUGCCCCUCUCACUUCCACAUCUCCCCAACUCAAACUCCAUCCUUCUCUCUGUCCAAACGGAAUUUCCCUAGGAUUUUCCCUCACUUUCCCGGGAAAGUACACCACCAAGAAAAUCCCGCUAUCCUCUGUUAAUCCUGGUCUCAGAAUCUCCGCCAGUGCUUCUUCCCCUGUUUCUGCCGAAGCCUCGAAAGUGUCUUCGGUGCCGGCCGAGAUGAAGGCUUGGAUGUACGGAGAGUACGGAGGCGUGGAUGUUUUGAAGCUUGAGAGUAAUGUCUCGGUUCCUGAUGUUAAGGAAGACCAGGUUUUGAUUAAGGUUUUUGCUGCUGCUCUUAACCCGGUCGACUUCAAGAGAAGGCAGGGGAAGUUCAAGAACACUGAUUCUCCACUUCCGACUGUCCCAGGCUAUGAUGUUGCUGGUGUGGUAGUCAAAGUUGGGAGUCAAGUGAAGAACAUCAAAGAAGGGGAUGAAGUAUAUGGGGACAUACAUGAGAAAGCAUUGGAUGGUCCUAAGCAAUUCGGGUCUCUUGCGGAGUACACUGCAGUUGAAGAGAAGCUGUUGGCACUAAAGCCUAAGAAUCUUGACUUUGCUCAGGCAGCUGCGCUUCCUCUCGCGAUCGAGACCGCUUACGAGGGUCUUGAAAAGACAGGAUUUUCUGCCGGCAAAUCUAUUCUUGUCUUGAAUGGAGCUGGUGGUGUUGGAAGCUUGGUCAUUCAGCUAGCAAAACAAGUCUUCGGUGCAUCGAAAGUUGCAGCAACUGCAAGCACUGGGAAGCUGGAGUUCUUGAAGAGCCUGGGGGCUGAUUUGGCCAUUGAUUACACGAAAGAAAACUUUGAAGAUCUUCCGGAGAAGUUUGAUGUCGUCUACGAUGCUAUUGGGCAAUGCGAUAGAGCGGUGAAAGCCGUGAAAGAAGGAGGCAGCGUGGUGGCUUUAACCGGUGCUGUUACACCACCCGGUUUCAGAUUUGUGGUCACGUCGAACGGCGAAGUAUUGACGAAACUAAAUCCAUAUUUGGAGAGUGGGAAGGUGAAGCCAGUGAUUGACCCCAAGGGUCCAUUCCCAUUUUCACAGCUUGUCGAGGCUUUCUCUUACCUUGAAACAAACCGAGCAGUUGGUAAAGUUGUUAUACACCCAAUUCCAUGAGAUAAAACACAAUACGACAGCCAAUUUUGCAAUGUUGCACUCUCUGUAAUGAGAUUAUGGCCACUUGAAAAAUAUGUUGGUAUACAAAGGAAUAAGUGAAGUUGUUUUCUAUUUUUGCUCACCAAUA